ACUUUGGUGGUUGCAUUUGAUUACCAUGGUAAUUUUGGGGGCAUUUUAGGGCAACCAGGCUAAAGUAGGACCUUUAUUUUGAAAAAUAUAUUAUCGUCAGCUGUAAGGACAACUUUUGAAUGGAUAAAUAGUAUCAGCAGUGCAACAAAUUAUACUAUAAUACAUCAUGGUAAAAGCUACAUUAUAGUAAAAGUUUCAGAUAGACAGAAGCGGCUCUAAUUUUGGAAUCGCGGUAUUUAAUAAGUCGACGAUACAGCUAAUGGUUAGUUUACUAGGCUUGUCUAAAAUACAAACUGACUAGAAACGCGCAUCUAUUGUUUAAAAUGCGAUGCAGGAAGGCAACCCCUAUGUUUUAAAACAGAGCCAUUAUCAUAACUGUGGGAGGUUAAGGACGCGUGUGUUGUGUUGAGUUGUUGCCUAACAACCUGAGCUCGUGCCAGCGCCUGCAGUCCUCAUCUUCUCCUUCAUCUCCUCAAUCAGUCUUCAUUUUCAUGUCCAGAGAGCAGGAUAUACAGUUCACAAGCUUUGUGUUAUUGAUAACAGCUUCCUCGAUUAAAGAUAUCACACAAUAUCUUAUUGUUUCCUGUCCAGGGAUUUUCUGGUUUGAGAGAAUAUGAAUGGCAACAUCAGCAACUUUAUGGAGGAAAGAAAAGCAACGGCAGAAGAAGCACCUUACAUGGAAAUGAAGACAAGGUUUAAUAAGAAAAACCCAGAAAAGGAAAACAUCAAACCUGCAAACAAAACACAACCUUCACAAGGCAAACAGAUCACAGAAGAGAAUCUUGGUCUCAGUUUACCUUUGGGAGAAGAGUAUGAAAGAAAGAAGCAGAAGCUUAAACAAGAAUUACGUCUCGAUUACCGGCGUUUUAUGUCUGAGAAAAAAUAUCCGAGUAUUGCUGAAUCACCUUCACAUUCUCGGAUGCUGUCUCUUCCCAUAAGAGAACACAAAUCGGCAAAGGAAAAGUUACAAAAUGAAAGAAAGAAAGAAUACAAUCUGUUUCUCAGAGGGAAAAAUGAAACCCAGAAAACGGGAAAACAUUCAACUACUCCACAGGCCCUAGAGAGAGAUUGUUUUGGGUCGGUCACACCUAAAUAUACAGUUUCUCCAGAGGUACAAGCACAGAGGGGAAGCCUGAGCCCAGAGAUUGUUUCAUCUUUAAAAAAGGAUGCAGCAACUAUAACCGAGUCUGCUUCUGGAGUGCAUCAGAGAUCAAGGCCACGGAGACGCUGGUUAGAAACUGUAGAUCGCUUGGGACAUCACAGCAGUUCAGAGGAGGAGCAGGUGGAGGUAGAGCUGAGAAAUAUACAGGAAGACACAGGCGUAGCCAGGAGAGAUGGAAAACCUCAUAAUGGAUCACACAGCCGACAGGCGCCGACUCCAGCCCACAGCAGAUCUGUCAAUGAGCAGAACAUGACUGAGUUUGCUACAGGACUCAUGAUUGGUGCUGCUGAAGGGGACGAGGCCUCUCGAAAGAGAAAGGAACGUUAUAGAGAGGAGCUUUUGCAGCAAAUAGCAGAACAACGAAAUAAUAAAAGGAAAGAGAAGGAGCUAGAGUUAAGAGUGGCUGUGACAGGUGUUUUUGAUCCAGAAAAGCAGCCAGGCCGAAUCAAACAAUUUGGUGCCGUGACCCGGGAGUAUGAUGGCAAAAGAAGGGAUGUGCCCUACAGGCCAGGGGUGGGUCUGGAUGUCUUAAUGGCUGACUCUGCCAGGCGGCCCAAAGAUCAAAGACUUUCACAAGCACCAGAGGAGAGAAUACCCCCCGAUAGGCCUCGUGUUGCUUUUCAGUCCCCAUAUCUGGACAACAGCACUGUUUUAAGCCGGCUGGCUAAUGCCCCGGGCCCUGGUUUGGACGCUGGAAGAGGUCUGGUUAAUGGUAUUGCACCCAUCACUGAAGACUAUCACAGAAGCCUCUCAAGCACUCUGGGGGAAAUGGUUGCUGCCCCAAGGGUUACAGGUGUGCGGCAUCCAAUGGCUCCCUCCCUUUCAGAAACUUCUCAAACUCCUUAUGAUAGUGCAUACUACCUCUAUGGAGCAAGAAAUCCAGUAGAUCCCAAUUUGGUUAACUAUAUAGCAGCAAGUCAACAAUCAAACAUCUCUCCAGGAGCACAUUGGCCUGUUCUGCAGCCUCCCUCCCUUAUACAACAGAGCGGCCAGGCUGAUGUAAAUCUUUCAGGACCAGGGUUUCAUUCUUCUGAAAGACUGCAGCUACAUAAGGAAAGCGCUCUUAGCUACCAGGAAGCCCUUAAGCAGCAGAUUCAAGAACGCCAAUUGAGACGACACCGUGAGAAGGUGGAUAAAGAGCUGUUUGACGCGAAGAUUGAGGCUGAGAUGAAGGCCUACGAGCCCUGGGGAAGAGCCGGAGGAGGAGCACCUCUGAAAGACGAUCAUGGAAACCUCAUAAGUGAUUUAAAGCAAAUGCAUAAGACAAAUGUGGAAGCGUAUGAUUCUGGAGGCAGAGUGACCCAUAAACCUGCGGCUCCUAGGACAGAGCCUGCAGGUUUCUCAUCACUUCAGCCAUCAUUGCACACCCGGGGCAAGCUUUUCAAUGAACCGCCAACUCCACAGCAAAUUCAUGAGCAGGAAAUAUACAAGGACUUUUUAAAACAACAGAUCGAGGAAAAAAGGAGAAAGGAGGCAGAAGAAAGGGAACGGUGCAGACUUGAGGAAGAGAAGGAAGAGAGACGACUGGCCGAACAGCGAGCUCGGAUCCAGAGGGAGUUUGAGGAAGAGCAAGAGAGGAAACGGAAGAAGGAGAAAGAGCAAAUUGCCAAAAACGAGGAGUUGAUCAGACAGGCCGAAGAGCGCCGGAUAGACGAAGAAAGAAAGAGAAUGGAAGCAGAAGAAAGAGAAAAUGAAGCUCUGAGGAAGAGAAUCGAACAAGAGCAGCGGACGGUGAUAGAAGAGGUUCAAAGGGCACCGUCACCACCCCUGCCAGCCCUACAGAAGAAACUUCGCCAGCAGGUGCCCAGACCUCCAUCAGUGCAGAGUUAUCGGUCUGCUGAAUCUCUGUCUUUGCGAUCAAUAUCAGCGCCACAUUCACCUCCAGUGCCCGCCCGCAGGAACGAGAUCAGGGCCAAAGAAGAUAAGAAGACUGUGAUCAGGAAGUUGUCUGCCUUGCGCAAGCAGCUCCGGAGUGAACAGAAACGUCUGGAGGGUCAGCUAAUCCAGUCCAACAGAAAUGACAACACCUCUGCACGUCCCAGCAGACAAAGAGAGCUCCCCCCUGAGGAUGUUUUCGAGAUGGCAAGACCACGCAAACAGGUGCCUAUCAGACGACCAGCUUCCCACACCACUGCAAAUAUCAACACGCAGAACCUACAGGAGUUUAACCGUCUGAAGUACAGAGACAGUAAAUCGCGAGAAGAGGUAAGGCAGGCGUAUCCUGAACCUCCAGGUGAUGGUCACAGUCUAGACAUCCAACAGCAGGCUCUGCUGCGACAACAGCAACGAACAAUCAACAACCUUAGAGCAAAGGAUGCUGGUUACUUCGACCUGGUGUCUUUAGGCCAACAGCAUCCUGAGGCGAGCUCUGCAGAGGAUUCACACAAACACUUGCUGUUAGAAUCAGAGAGUGCCUUUAUCGAUCCCAGCGGUCAUUCAUUCCUUUCACAGUCUCGGCAUAACCAGAGAGCAGCGAGACCGGCAAUCAGGAAGAUGGACAUCUCUGACGAUAUGAGGCGGUACAUUCGACCUGACAGUGGACCUGACAGCCAGUCUGUUCACUCAUUGACCAGCACUGAAAUAGAGAGGCUGAGGGAACGCGUGAAGAACAAAAUGACAUCGUUGAAUAACAUGAAAGAAACGGAGAGUCUACAUGACUGGAGAUCAGGUGAUGCGUCGUGUGAUGAAGGGGAGGAGCUUUGGCCACAGACUCCGCCUCCAGACCACAGGCGGGUUUCCAUUGACACUGUUGCCACAGAGUCCUGGUUACGGCCCAGCUCCUCAGAUACAGUAAAGAGAUUUAUAGGAGGUCGCAGGCCAUCAACCCGAAACCAUACGAGUCAGGAUUGGGAAGGGCCGUCUACCUACCAUGGUUAAUCUCUGUAUUCAUUAGAAUUCUCACUACUAUUUAAUACUUAAUGCCAAAGAUCAACGUUAUUAUUUGAGUUUCUUAGUGGUUUCUGGCAUUUAUGAAAGUGUCCUUUCCAACAGAAUGAAGCAGCGUUUAAGCAUGAGCAGUAAAAACAACUUCGCUUUAUUAUAGAAACUGCAUGGGCUCAGGAUUUCCAAUGUUUUUGAUUUUUGUUGUUUUUACGACUUAUUUCUUUUUAGUUUUAAUGUAAAUUUUAAGUGUAUAUGUAAUAUAAGCAACUAAAAAAAGAAAUACGCUUAUGUCAUUGCAUCUUAAUAAUAAA